GUGAGGAGAGGAGAGAGCGGAGCUCCGCCAGCGGACCAGGGAGAGAGAGAGCGUGGUGAGGAAUCCCAGCAGCCCCAGGAGAGCGAGAGCCGGACCGGCUGGACCCCCGGAGGAAGACCCGAGAGAGAACCACGUUGCCACGGGAGAGGCCUCUGUUCAGGGCUGCAGCAUGUUCACUUCAGUGAAGGCCUUCGAGGGGCAGCAGUACUCCACCCUGAAGAGGCAGUGCUUGCAGAGUGGCCUGCUCUUCGAGGACCCCCGCUUCCCCGCCACCGACGACUCGCUCUUUUACCAGGGCAACAGGAUCGGACGUGUGAUCUGGAAGAGGCCUCGGGAGCUGUGUGAAGACCCUCACCUGUUUGUAGAUGGCAUCAGCGCACACGAUUUACAUCAGGGACAGCUGGGGAACUGCUGGUUCGUAGCGGCAUGCUCCAGUCUGGCCUCCAGAGAGUCUCUGUGGCAAAAAGUCAUUCCAGACUGGAAGGAGCAGGAGUGGGAUACAGAGAAGCCAGACUCGUAUGCCGGAAUUUUCCACUUCCGCUUCUGGCGCUUUGGUGAGUGGGUGGACGUGGUGAUUGACGACCGGCUACCAACGGUGGACAACCAGCUGGUCUACUGCCACUCCAACGACAGUAACGAGUUCUGGAGUGCCCUGGUGGAGAAGGCCUAUGCCAAGGUUUAUGGCUGCUACGAGGCUUUGGACGGGGGAAACACCGCAGAUGCACUGGUGGAUUUCACAGGUGGUGUUUCGGAGCCUGUGGACCUGCUGGAGGGUCAGAUGGCAACAGACGAGGUGGCCCGUAACCAGCUGUUUGAAAGAGUUCUCAAAGUCCACAACAGAGACGGUCUCAUCAGCUGCUCCAUCAGGGCGACCACGGUAGAGGAUAUGGAGGCUCGACUGGACUGUGGCCUGGUCAAAGGCCAUGCCUACGCCGUGACAGAUGUACGGAAAGUGCGGCUAGGUCACGGACUGCUGGCCUUCUUCAAAUCAGAGAAGCUGCACAUGAUCCGCAUGAGGAACCCCUGGGGAGAGAAGGAGUGGAGCGGCCCCUGGAGCGACAGUUCGGAGGAGUGGAACAAGGUGAGCAAGAGCGAGAGAGAAAAGCUGGGUGUCACCGUGCAGGACGACGGAGAGUUCUGGAUGACAUUCGACGACUUCUGCCAGUACUUCACUGACCUGAUCCUGUGCCGCCUCAUCAACACCUCCUACCUGAGCAUCCACAAAACCUGGGAGGAGGAGGUGAUGAGAGGCUCCUGGGUCCACCGCCAGGACCCCCUGCGCAACCGGUCCGGUGGCUGCAUCAAUCACAAGGCCACCUUCCUGCAGAAUCCCCAGUAUGUGUUUGAUGUGAAGAAAGUGGAGGACGAGGUGCUGAUUUGCUUACAGCAAAAAGAAAAGAGAGCCACACCCAAAGAGGGCAAAGGGGAAAACCUCGCCAUCGGCUUUGAUAUCCACCGGGUGGAGCUUAACCGUAAGUACCGUAUGCACUCAGCCCAGCAGAAAGUAGCGGGCUCCAUCUACAUCAACUCGCGCUGCGUCUUCCUCAGGAAGGAGCUGAAAGAGGGCCGUUACGUCAUCAUUCCCACCACCUUUGACCCCGGGCAGCAGGGUGACUUCCUGCUCCGUGUCUUCACUGAUGUGCCUUCAGACUGCAAAGAGCUGACUCUGGACGAGCCUCCUCAGACAUGUUGGACAGGGAUGUGUGGCUACCCUCAGCUGGUCACUCAGGUCCAUGUUCUGAAUGCUGAGGGUCUGCAGGGACAGGACUCCAACGGAGAGCUUCACUGCCUCAAUCCCAGUAAGGAAAGACUUCUGAGCAAAGCACGAGCUGUAGAUCCGUACGUGAUCAUCACCUGUGAAGGAGAGAGAGUUCGUUCACCAGUUCAUAAGGACACACGCUGCCCAAACUUUGACAUCAAAGGCCUGUUCUACCGCAAGAAACCCAAGGAUGGCAUCCACAUCGAGAUCUACAACAAGAACAUGAUCGUGGACACCUUCCUGGGUCAGGUGAUCAUGUUCAGCGACCCCAACGAGCGGCAGGAGCAGCACACGCUUCACCUCCGCGACAAGGGCAGCCGCCAGGACAACGACCUCCCGGGCACGCUCACUGUGCGCCUCAUCACCUCGACCACGCUCACCAACAUCUGAUGCGAUCGUUUGUGUGAUUAUGAUGAUCAACACACAAGGUGGCGUUCAAUCGUGCCCGCCGGUCGUGUCCGCCGUUGAUCCUCCAACUAUGGCGGGAGCUCACUGUGUCUUUUUUUCUGCCGCUUGCGCUUUUCUCUUUGUGUCUCUUAUUGUUUCCCCUUUUUUCUUUUGCUUCAUCAUUUAAAUUCUUUGAAGGUUUUUAAAGGCCUUUACCUACAUUUCUGGAUGAGAAAUGUCCACAGACAAUAUUUGGGGUUUGUAUUUAAUAUCUCUGAACACAUUCCUGCCAAAAUCAUCAGUUAUUUAGUGUUUGCUUCAGAAAUGUGUUCUCAAAGUAGGUUUUAUUGCAGCUUUUGUAGCCUGAAUCUCCAUCAACAACUGAGCUACACUUUUAACACAUUUUUCGGAAUAUAAGCUUAAAUUAGUGAAUCGGUCAACCCGAAACUACAAUUUCUUAUUUUCUUUUUCUGCAUAUUGUUAAAUUUAAACACACACACACUCAUACAUGCACACACAAUACACAUGCAGACAUUUCUGCUCUCUCCAUGCAUGUGCCAAUGUUUCCAAGGGCUAUGCAUUGCCUUAAGGUUGAGUCUGUCUCUCCACCUUGAGGAGGCGGGGGAAUAAAGUUAAAUACUCUUUAUGUUCUCCAUCAGCUGUCUUCAGUGUUAGCACAGCCUCCCCAUUUCUGUUCCUGCUUUUCCCCCUCACAGUUUUAGUUUCUAUCUCCUAUAUACUGACACAACAUAUACUCUUUAUACCUGUGGAUAAUCGCCCCACACCGUCAGCUCACCCAGACACCUCAACUCUUCACCAGUUUGCCGGUGCUUUGGAGAGCAUGCAGCACUGUCUGUCACUUUUUAUUGUGGACUUUACAAAAGGAAAGUCAACAGCAGCUAUUCUCUCCCUCUUUACUGAGAGCUUUUCUGUGUUGUUCUGUGAGCGCGCUCAUGUGUGAAAUCUUGCCUCCUGUCUUCCAUCACUAGAACCACUUCAAACUCCCCGAGACGCUUUUCUGCCGGUUGCUAUGGACGAUCUUAAAAAAACUGCAUGGCUUAAAAACUAAACUCUUUGCCUGUGAUGCACAUCUUUCCGGUCGUAGCUUAGCAGCCGGUGCUUUUGACAGUGCUAUCCUCGCUGUUUGAUCCCCCUCCAUGUGUACACCUCCCCAGUUCAGCGGAGUGCAAAGAUUCACCCUGACAUAAUCAAGUGCUUUAUGGGACCAAAGAUGAGCCUCCGCUCUCUUAGUCCCUUUUGGACCGCCCUGGCCUGGCCUGGCCUGGCCUGGCCCAAGCCUAGCUACAAACCACCACCCCCUGUGCCACAUCAUCUCUUAACGGCAACACCACUGCCUGACGCUUCCUCUGACUUGAGUCUUUUGGCCCGGGCCAUGGACUCAUGCCACGUGACCCUGAGAGAGAGGCAGCAGCUGUGCUGCUGCUGUUGGCACAGAACAGGCAUGAGUGUGUGUGUGUGUGUGUGUGUGUGUGUGUGUGUGUGUGUGUGUGUGUGUGUGUGUGUGUGUGACAGUGUGUGUGUCCUGCUAGUUCCAGUCUUGCGCUGCGUGCGAGUGUCUGGGAGUGCUUGAGGAUGAAUGAAUGUAUAUCUGUUAAUCCACCUGGAAAAGAAAAUGAUUUCUGAGGAGAGGUGUGAACCGAAAGGAAAAGAGCCCUUUAGCGGAACACACACCUUGCACUUUAUUUAAUUUUAAAAGGGAAAAAAAGACCCUUAAUGGAUGAGAGAAAGACGAGAGUGAGCAGAGAAACAAACUGUCAAACAACCUGUGCCAUCGCCUUGGUCCUGGAUUUGCCUCCACGGCAGGAAAACAACAUGAGACAAAGUGUUAAGUGAUUUCAGAAGGAUUACAGAUGGUUUUUGCAUAUUGAACCAACACUGGUACGAUGUUAUCUAUCUCUGAUGAACUUUGGCAUUUCUUGAUCAUGUGGCCAUCGAAUUGAUCUUUAGCACCUAGGCUUUUUGUGACAGAAGCCCAGACAGAAAAUCACUACAUGUGUUUUCAAAAGUGUAAUAUCAUUGCAGAGACUUUUCAUUCCAAGUUUUAUUGAGUUCUGGGUUUGUCUUUGUCUUUUUAUUUUUUUCAUAAUAAGAAUUAAAAAUGUAAGUCAUUUUCAAGACAUUUCCUUUGAAUGUAAGACAAACAGUUAGUGAACUAAUCUCUCAGUCAAACUAUCAAGUCCGUUUUCCAGAUUUUUUCAGCGCCUUUUUCCAUUACUUGAACUGUCACAUAUGGCAUUUAAUUGAUCACACACACCUUUGUGUACAGCAUCUUUAUAAAUGUGUCUUGCAUGGGUUAUUUUCCAAUAUGUUCAUGGCCUUGUAUUGUACUGUUCAAUUGUUACUGAUAUAUAUAUUUAUUCUUUCUAUCUAUCUCAAAAGUCUUGGAAAUGCUAGUUUUGAGCAGUCAGCAUGUCUACACUAAUGCACCUCAUGUCGGUCUGAUCAUAUCAACAGGUUUGAAACAGUUAUGUCUUGUAAUACAGUGAUGCAUUCAUAAUGCCUCUAGCAUCGUGAACAUUAGCAGCAGUUGUCGACUUCUAUUUAGGUGCUAUUUAUCUUCUCUGUGCUAUUUUUUAUAUUGUUUGGGAAAGAAAGCAAGUGUUUGGUAACAGGUCUGAAUUUGGAGAAUGAGAGCUUGCAGACAGACAGUGUUAGAAACUGUAGCGCCAAGCAGUGUCAGGUUAGACAUGUGAGCCUGUGCCUGGAUGGCUGCUGGUUUUUAUUUACAGACCAGGUGGGUAAUGAAAGAAGCCCUUCUCCCACCCUCACUAAGUACCGCUGAAGUGUCCUUGUGCAAGGCACUGAACUCCUAACUGCACCAGUGGAGCCUCGUAGUGGCCAGCUAUUGUACAGCUUCCAUGUGUGACUGACUGUACAUAUUUCUGUGUGAUUAUAACCCCCCUCCCAGGUCAAUACUGUGAAUAUGUUCAACUUCAGCUUGAAACGAGGGUGGAAUGAAGGGUUAAUGUGAGAGAUUAUUGGUGCCAAAGGAGUGUAUUGCACAAAAUGAGUACACAGACCAGGGGGUGGAACUAGCUCCUGUUUGUUCUUCUCACGUUUUACUGUUACUUUUGAGUCACAGAAUGAAUAUCCUGCAAUCUCUGAAAAUCCAAGAUGUAAUUCAACAAAACUUUCUACUGAUCUGAAGAAGUUUCCAAAAUCCUCAAAGCCCCUUCUUAACAUCUGGAUACAAAAUAUUUUGCUCCUGUCAUGUUUGGUAACACCACAUCUCUCGUUAUACCUUUCGUUUGCUUGUUGUGAGCAACUCGAGCUUUCUAGAUAAUUCCCUAGGGUAUUUUCAUCUAAUUUGCAGCCUCUCCUAGGCCCCUUUUACACUGCCUCUUCAAGGUGAGAAUCUCACGCUGUUAUUCUGCCUCCCCAUACUGUGUAAAAAGUACAGUUGUGGAAUGGGGGGGACAGAGUUGUCUUUCCCUUAAGCCGGCAUCAGAGGUAAUAACAGCACCGAAAUGAUGUCGGUAUAAGCAGGACAGCUGGCAAGGUAGCAAAGUAGCUGCUAGCAGUUAGCAGCUAACUUGAAGAACAGCAGCCAAAAAUGUCCACAAACUGGGAAAAUAAUGAGGUCCGGGAGCUCCUUACCCAGUCAAUCUUACGCGUAUAUAUGUCACACUAAAGGCUGACGCUGUUGUGUUACAUGUCACGCCUGUCACGCCUUUUUUGAUUCUGUGAUGCUGGCAUGCUGCCUAAAGUCACACAUUGGAGCUCCAUGAUGCCGUCAUUGUUCAGUUCUGUGUAAAAAUGCAAAGGUGGCGUAAAGAAUGGACUUCGUAGCGGCUCUAUAGCACAAUCUCUGUGUUAAAAGGACUCAAGCCUGACAUUGCCAGACGAAACACAAAUUAGUCUGAAACGUCUUAAGGUGUUUAGUAUCUUAAUGUAUUCUUAAGGUGUGUAAUCAACUGGCAAAGACCAAAAUGCCUUUAAACACAAUUGAAUAGACCUACAGCCAACUAGAGCAACAAAAAAUAAAGGGAACGUGUAGGAACUUUCCAGCUCUUGAUAUUAUGUUACAAGCUGACACCACCCGGCGGCCAACCGGCGACUAUCAUAUCGCCACAAAAGGUGCCUUUGUGCGUUGGUGUCUGACACUGAAAUCACUUACAAUGUAUUUGAUGAGUUGGGAAUUAGAAUGGGCCUGAUGGUGAGAAGUGUCUUGGAGGAUUCUGAAAAUCCCUUUUAAAAAAUAGUACAAUUUUUCAAACAACCUUCUUGAUUUUUCAGAGAUCAUUUUCCAGAAAUUUUCACUUAGCUCUGUGAUUUAAAUUCAAAAGUAAUACUACAGAGGCACAAACAGGCAUCAGCUAAAGACUAACAGACACACUUCAACCCUAAUUUGUCUUAAAUUACACACAACAAUCACUAAACCAUGUCGGGUUAAUAUGAACUGUUAUAUCAUAAUCUGUUUUGUUGAUUGGACGGACGCUGAUUUUAUAUUCCAGAGUUUCACUUCUGAUGCCAGUACCAUAUUUUACAUUGAGAUUUCACAUCAGGUUUUACAGCAACAACCAGUUGUGUUAUUUCUUAGAUGUUUUUUUUAUGAGUAUGGAUGUGGCACAGAAAUAUAACAGCUAACACACAACCUGACAGCUUUGAUAUAUGGGAGUAUUUGGGGAUUCAGAGUCACUGUGUCGCUCACAAUCCCACAGUAAUAGUACGAGCAAGGAGCCGAAAUGUGGGAACGAACAGUGUGUUAAGCUCAAUGUGAAAUCUUAUCAAACACAUGUGCCACAGCAGUGCCAAAAAGACAAAGGGCCUAUUGAAAAGGGAUGCUUUUGUAAAGAUGUGACUGUUUGAAAAAUGUAAGACAGUUGAAGUUAUUGUCUGUUUGUUUUUAUUGUUGUUCUCCACGUCAUGUCUUCUUUUGUUUUGAAGGGAUUCUCAUUACAUUGCUAUUGUUACUCAUUUGUAAUUGUUGCACAUUGUGAUUCUCUGCCAAAAGUGUUACGGCUUUCACUGUUAACCACUACACACACACACACACACACACACACACACACACACACACACACACACACACACACACACAGUAUACACACAAACACUCCAGCUACUAGACUAACCAGACUUGGUUGGAGUGUACGGACCUUGACUGGUUUUUUGACAGUUGCUACGAAGCUUGUCGGUUUUCUGUACAUAUUUUCCGCACGGCCAUGCCAAAGCAGGUUUUAAGAACACGAAACCCUUCAAAUGAACUGCUCACAAUGGUGGUGACUUUUGUACGAAUCCAGAAAAAGAAAAAAAUGCCAGUGCAUGUAGCAAAAUCGCUUCAAAUCUGCUCGCUCCAUUACGAAUUACAGAAUAUAUAUUUUUGUUUUUCUUGGAGUGUUGUAAAACAUAAUCCGCUGUUGCUACUUUGAUAAACAUACUGUGUGAAGUAGAAGGCUUAUGUUGCACACUUGCAUGCAUUGAAACAGUAUCCAGUUUUAUAACAUUUUGUAUUCAGUAACCUGCAGUAUACAGUAUGUAUAUAAAAGUAGCAGCAACUUAUCAGUUGUUAUUAUUAUGGGAUCCAUGUUUUGAUGGAUGUUAUACAGUAUAUUCUAGACAUUCAUUUAUAAAGAGGAAGUUGUCCUUUCCCACUUCCUCUAGUGAUCAGCAAGAAUACUUAGAGGAAUCAACUGCAUUAUUUAUUGAUGGCCCCAUGAUACCUUGCAUUAAUUAUGGGUGUGAAUUCUGGUUCUUCCUUUCACUACACUGGCAUCUGCAAAAGUUAGCGGUAUGCUACAGGUGUCUUUAAUUUUCUUGGAGAUUUAGGAGCAGUGACUGAUGUGGGAACACAGCCUGUCAAGCCUAAAAGGUGAAGACAUUUUGGUAAAUUCAUUAAUUUGUUUUCUUGCCGAGAGCUAGAUUAGAAGAUUGAUCCCACUCUCGUUUCUGCAGCAGCUAUGAAGCCACCACCAGCAGAUGCUUAGCUUAGCGUACAGACUGGAAAAUGAGGGAAAAAACAAGCCCCCUUUAUCUAGAGAUGACCUACCAGCACCUCUGAAGGUCAGAGAACUAGCAGCAACAAAAGCUGAUUGUUGUGUCGCCUCACAUUGCCUGUCUCAGCCAAAAAGUUGCACACAAACACACAUCAGAGACUACUGCUGAUGACCAACCAGCAUGUACGUUCUGCGCCUGCGUGAGAGGAAAUAACUCCACACCAGCAGACAGUCUGUAUUCGUCAUUCAAAAAGGGAAGCUGCAAGACCGUCUUGACGCUGGUCAGCCAGUUAGCACAUUAACAACACAAUCCGAUGCUGAAAUAACUGAGCAUAUUUACUGUGUGCCAGUGAACAAAAAAAAAAAAAAAUGAUGCCAAUGAACAUCACAAAAUGUUUUUUCUUAAUAGCUCAGUGGCUAAAGAAAAAUACUCUUACCUCAUGUAACAAGUUGGAGUUGGUCUCACUCCCUCUUGACUUUAGCUCUUUGUUUACUUUCCUCACUUUUGUUUCUCUUUUUGUGCGCUGAGCUGAACUGCCAGUCAGAGUGAUUUCAUUCAUCGGCAGGCUCCCUUGUCUCUACGUCUAUUUUACAUGCUGAAUUGGCCAAAAAAAUGCUAACAGGAGCCGACGAGGGGCAACAGUGCAUGACACACUGCACCGACUAGGGCAACAGACACUCACCAACAGCCCAACAUCAACCAAUGGCUGACUGUCAGCUUGGUGUCUCAGGGCCUUAAAGUUUAGUAAUGAACAAGUUUUACCACUUAAAAAAAAAUCAGUUUGACAGUGUAAUCCACAAUUUUGCAGCUGCUGUCUAUUUUCAUUGUGCAUUGUGCAACGCCCUGUGUGAUGACAUCCUUGAUUUCAAUGGUUCUGCACAAAACUGGUGGAAAUGCAGGCUGGUUUGCUAGCUAGCACUAAGGUUCAAAGAAUCCUGAACAGAACCGGUUCAAGAACCAGAGCAAAUCUGGUGAAAAAAUUGGGUAAAAGUGAGUUGCUACCAUAUGUGAUGUGGAACUUUAAAGCUCAACUUUCCACACUGUUUUUGAUUUGAAGUAGGCAAGGUAACUUAUUACUGUCCCGACAAGCCUCAAAGCUUCAACAAAGUUGCUAAAUAUGCUACUGGAAGUUGUCGGCAACCACUUUUUAGGUACCCCUCCCACCUGUCACUAGUUGGAGGCUGAGGUAUGGUCACAUCUUAGUUGAGGUGUGAAAGUUGCUCCACUUUUACACCUUUCAGAAAAGGGAACACACCUGGAGCAUGGCACUCACAAGGUAUCAUGGGACCAGGAAUAAGGUAGAUGGACUAAAACUGAAAACGGGGGAUUCAGAGCGCAGAAAAGUGAUUUAUUUUUGUGUUUAUUUAAGAAACUUUUUUCCCGUUUGUCACUUGUAGACAGAACAAUGACUUGAUGGCAGUCGAGUUCUCCUUGCCUGCUGAUCUUAUAGCCUCGUUAACUUGGAUACUGCUGCAUGUGUCUAAUGUUACUAGACAUUGGUUCCAGACAGAUUACACCAGGUACUGUAUUGAAUUUGACAAUGUUGUACCAAGUCACCGGAUUCCUUCCGCAUCCUCGUCAUCGACAUUUUUAUCUGAGAUCGAGUCUUGUCCACUCAAAAGAAUGAGCUUGUGAUUCUUCUUGUAUUUUUCUGCUGAUGUUUAUUAACUGGAAACUGGAAUACCUACUGCAUGGUGACACUUCUAGAAGAUGCUACGGUCUUUAUAACAAGUAUCUUUUAUCAGUAUUUUAUAACCUUGUUAAUUUUAUAUAUCCACUUUACCUUGCGUUCCAAUCUGGUAUGUUUACUGAUAGCUAGGUUUCAGAGAGCUGUGCUGUAUGUUCUGUACUGUGUGCUUGUCUGUGUGUUCUUUUCAGCGUGAGCUUUCCUUUUUUCUUUUUUUAAUGCGUGUUCGUUGAAUUUGGUUCUCGGUUACACUGUGGUUAUUUUAUAGCUACAAUAUGAAAUUAUUAUUUUUUCUUUUGUAUUUAAUGUCAACUUGUGGCAUGACUUUGAAAUAAAACAGGAAAACAUUUUCUGGGUUUGUCAUCAUUAUUUUUUAUCUUUAUUAGACCAGGAAGUCUCUCGAGGUACAUUAUCUCUUUAUCUCUUUACAAGAGACACCUGACCAAAGUGGCAAUGUAAGGUAGGUAUCUGGGGCUUGAGAUACUUUUUUUCUUUGUUUAUGCACUGGUUAAUGUAACUUUUAAAACCAAACUCAUCCAAAAAAUUUUACCUGCACCAAAACAUUUCUACUGUACCAUUUGAUGUAUUUGUCCUUGCAUACAGAGCUGAGAGUGAUGUGCACAGCUCCAAUUUUAUGUGCAUCACCUACAGAUGCACGUGGUUGCG